GGCUAUCUAGGUCCUCGGUUUCUUCUUCGGUCUUCGCCAAGCUGUCUUCCCGGAAAACGAUCACCGGUAAAUUGGCAGAUCCUGCAGAUCCCGGCGUCGUCGUCUUCGGAAAAUUUUCUGUCGUGGCCGGUCUCGAUGACGAUGGUUGGGACCUUUGGAUCUGGAUCAUUGGGGGAGGAAAGAAAAUAUGAAUUCAUAGGGAAGGUAGAAAGCACGCAAGGUGUUUGUGAAAAUGCGUCAGUGAGCAGACGGCUUUGCGCGCUAGGUGUUUGUGGAAAUGCGUGACUGACCUUUGGAAGGAUGUACUAGGAGCUGCUGCUCUUUCGGCGGCCGGCGGUCUGAGCCUGGGGCCGAGGCUGAGAUAGGAGCCGUGGGUGUGGCGGGAAGCGAGUUGCAGUCUCGCCAGCAGAGCGGUUGUCUGUUCUUGGUAGGACUGUCUGGAGGAGCUGUGUAGAGUGAACUGAGACAGAGGCUCCUCCGUCCACCACCACCACCGCCGCCAUCGUCGAAUAUGGAGCUGUUGAUCUUGAACCGCAAGCUGUGACAGUGGAGUAUGCCUUUCCCAAUGCAGCUGUCAGCAUAACAAGGGGCUGGUCCGAUUGGGAUCUCGAUCGAAAGAUGCGAGCUUUUGCUGCGCCCUGAAACUUUUACGUCCGAGACGGGCCACCCAUUUUCCAG